UAAAUAGUGUGGAAGCUCAAUGUUGAUGGCAUUCGAUUGUAAUCGGCAGUGCAAUGGGUUCACAAGGAAUACUUGGAUUGAGCUGUGCUCUCUUGCUGUGUGCAGUAAUUAGCGCACAAGUGACCUACGAUGGACGCAAUGCUCCACAUGUGUUCGGCCCACCAGGCCAGCAGGUGUAUAUACGUGGUCAGAAUGAAGGCCCCUAUCAGGUGCCAGGAGUGCCCGGCACAUUCCAGAACUCCCCUAGCUCCGGGGGAUCACACAGUUACACGGAUGAGGACGGCAAUACGUAUGUGCAUAACAAGAAUGGAGCAGGCAGGCCAGCCACAAACAUAAUAUCUGGCCCGAAUCUGGUGGCUCGUCGUGGACCUGAUCCCUCGACCCUUCCUACAAAUGCUUAUCGGCCCCCACGACAUGUGGUGAUUAGUCGUCCGGAUCGUGUUGUCAGCAGCAGCAGAGAUGGCCCACUCAUAAUUAGUCGCAGUCGUCGUGAUUUCCAUGUCGGACGUCCCGAUCGCACCGUUGACUACAGCUCUGGAUCCGGUACUUUUGUCGUACAGCGCGGCCGUCGUAGUCCCGAGACCGUGCACGUGAGUCGUCCGGAUGGGCGUUCAGUGAGCUAUGGAGAUGGAGGCUUCGUUGCCAAUGGCCAUGAUGGACGCACUGUGGCCCACUCCCGCCAUAGACGCGCACGUGUCCAGGGCGAAAACUUUGUGGCACGCGAUGAUCAGGCCGGCAUCUGGAACGACAACGUCUCCAUUUGGAAGCGUCCCGACGGACGCACAGUAAGCGUUGAUAGAGAUGGCAAUGUCAUCACCUCCGGAAGUCCCAAUGGACGUGGUCCACAGCGCUAUUCCGGCUAAGACAGGAGGGAAGGACUGAAGAGGCAGUAAUUACUGUAGUACGAAAUAAAUCUUAAAUCGAAUAAAUUAAAAUUAAUCGUCACUGUUAUAGUGUAAAGUACAUAUAUAUGUAAAU